CAACUGUUCUACCUUCCUACCUUUUUGGCCAGUACCGAAAGCUUGCCCGUGUUUCCUUCGCAGGUACUUUGGGAAAGCGAUCAUGCCUGGAUUUCGAGAUAUCGAAGCAGCCAGCCGACGACACCGCAGAGCUUCUACCUCGAGAUCAAGGCAACAAGCAAUGCUACAACCCGCUUCCUCUCUAACUCUCCGAUCCACGGUCGUCGGCAUCAUAGUUGGCUUCUUAAUAUGCCUCUCCAACACAUAUUUCGGACUUCGUACUGGUUUCCUGGCCAUUAUGAGCCUUCCUUCAACCAUACUGGGCUUUGCUUUCUUCAAAAUGGUCCAAGAUCAUUUAGCUUUUCCAUUCACCCCCCAAGAACAUGCGACAAUGGUUGUUAUUGCGAGCUCGUUGGGCUUGAUGCCUUUUACGAUCGGAUCUGUCGGGAUUUUGCCGGCCAUGGAGUUCCUCACUAACGAAUCGGAAAAUGGCCCUUUCCGACUUGACUGGGUUCAACUCUUUGUUUGGUCUAUCGGUGUCAGUAUCCUGGGUGUUGCCGUGACCCUACCACUGCGAAAACGGUUUCUUGUCCAAGAGCCUUUGCCAUUCCCGUUUGGAACAUCGUCGGCAGCUAUGAUUGGAUCAUUACAUCGGGAUACUGACAUUGCGGAUCGAAUUCUCCGCGCUCAGAAUCAUUUGGAUAGCACUAACGACAAGCAAAAGCCAUCGCUCGUAGAAGACUCAGUUGAUACUGACGAUAGCAUGGUGCAACAUGGUUGGAGCCAGAAUAACAAACUCAUUCUCAUCACAUUCUUGUUUGCGGCACUUUACUCCCUCACUGCUUAUUUCAUCCCUCAAAUACGUACCGUAAAUAUCUUCGGCAACUAUAUUGCUCGAGAAUGGCUCUUUUCUCUCUCGACAUCCCCAGGCUAUGUCUCCAUUGGCUUGAUUGUGCCUCCAGUCACAACCCUUUGGAUCGUCGUUGGAUGCUUGAUUGGGUGGGGCAUACUUUCACCUCUAUCCAAAUUCAACGGAUGGGCCCCUGGCUCUGUCUCGGACUGGGAAAGCGGCUCAAGAGGUUGGAUCAUGUGGAUUGCAGUUGCACUGAUUUUAGGCGACACAGCCAUCACUCUUUCGACAAUGCUCCUACGUUCCUUCAAUGUCUAUGUGCCAAAAUUACUGGGCCUCACAGCAUACUUGAAAAGACAUCUCCAAUCCGACAAUGAAGAGGAUACAGAGCCUCUGAUCAGAAGUUCAUCACGGUCUGAAGCACAGCCUCUCGUUGGGUCUUUACACUACCGGGAUGACAGUUUGACAACCAAAGUCUAUCUGAUCUGGAUACUAGCCGGCCUACUUUUAUGCUUCGCUUCUAUGGUCGUCCUUUUUGGGUCUUCAGUUCCAAUAUUAGCCUUAUUGUUGGCAGUAUUCACAAUCUUACCGCUAAGUCAUGUUAAUAUCCGCUGCUACGGAGAAACGGGGACUGGAGGGGCGGCCUAUAUCGCUAAAAUCCCGCAAUUCCUGUUCGCCUUCCUAAUACCUUCAACAAAUCCAAACGCCAUUUUACUCAGCUUAGCCGUUGCUGGUGUUGUUGAAGCAAGCGUCUGGCAAGCGGCAGAGAUGAUGGACGAGUUUAAGAUGGGCCAUCUCGUCAAUGCGCCACCGAUGUCUCUUUUCUAUGGACAAGUGAUUGGAUCGUUGGUUGGAUCCGCGGUAUCGAUGCUGGUUUACCGGCUUUACACCAACAUACUCGGCUUUCCGUCUACAGACUUUCCGAUGCCAUCGGCGCACAUCUUGAUUUCAACAGCUCGGCUAGUGUAUGGCCGAGGUAUGCCACCUGGGCUACUCAAAUUUGGCAUAGUUGCAUCGGCUUUGGGUGCUAUAUUCAAGAUCUUGAAACAUUCCAGGCGUCUCAGUCGCUGGUCUCAUUGGAUACCAUCCAGUGUUGCGUUAGCUGCAGGCAUGUAUAUCAUGCCUGAAAUGAUUUUGGCGCAAGGAAUUGGAGGUCUGAUUCAUCAUUAUGUUCUUGGGCGCUGGGGUCGAGAAAAGGAAUCGCGCCUCAUUUCCACGGCUACAGGCUUCAUACUUGGUGAAGGCUUGUUCAGCUUAGUAACCAUGAUCUUGCAGAGCAUCGACAUGCCACAUUUAUAAUACGUUGCGUUCCAGGCUGACUAUCAAUCCAAACCAGCCAGAUCUGAGAUGCUGCUGUAGUGGAGCGCUAAAAAGUGUUGAGACACGUCGUGGAACAAGAUUUGCCACUGCGUUUACGUGUAGAUAACGAACUUUCUUUUAUUAAUUAGUAUAGAGGCUCAUUAUUAUGUUGGCCGCAACUUUUCAUCGAG